AUGCCCCUCCGCCUUAACAUCCGAAGGAAGCUGACCUCUCGCUCUGACCGAGUGAAGUCAGUCGACGUGCAUCCUGAUGAGCCAUGGAUGCUGUGCAGCUUGUACAAUGGGCACGUUCACUUGUGGAACUUCCAGACGCAGACUCUUCUCAAGACGUUCGAAGUGACGGAGCUGCCAGUAAGAUCGUCCAAGUUCAUCGCCAGGAAGCAGUGGAUCGUUUGCGGCUCCGACGACCUCAACGUGCGCGUGUUUAACUACAACACCAUGGAGAAGAUCAAGACUUUCGAAGCGCACUCUGACUACCUCCGCUGCGUUGCUGUCCACCCGCAGCUCCCGUACGUGGUUACUUGCUCAGAUGACAUGACGAUCAAGAUCUGGGACUGGGAGAAGAACUGGGAGUGCAAGCAGAUGUACGAGGGCCACUCGCACUAUGUCAUGCAGGUUGUGUUCAACCCCAAAGACCCCAACACCUUCGCGUCCGCAUCGCUCGACAGAACAAUCAAGGUCUGGGGGCUGAACUCUCCCAACCCUCACUUCACCCUUGAGGGCCAUGAGAAGGGAGUGAACUGCAUCGACUAUUUCUCCGGCGGUGACAAACCCUACCUUAUCAGCGGCGCCGACGACAAGACGGUGAAGGUGUGGGAUUACCAGGCAAGAACUUGCGUACAGACCUUGUCAGAUCACUCGCACAACGUGUCAUGUGUGGCAUUCCACCCUGACCUUCCUCUGAUCAUCACGGGAUCAGAAGACGGCGCUGUGCGUAUCUUCCACUCCAACACCUUCAACUUGGAGAACACUCUCAACUACGGCAUGGAGCGAGUGUGGUCUAUUGCAUGCAAGAAGGGGUCUAACAGAGUUGCGCUGGGAUACGAUGAUGGAUCGGUGAUGAUCAAGCUCGGAAAGGAGCAGCCAGUGGCCAGCAUGGACCAGGGAGGAAAGAUUAUUUGGGCGAAGCACAAUGAAAUCCAGAUGGUCAAUGUGAAAUCCGCUCAGGGUGAAAUUCAAGAUGGCGAGAGACUCCCUCUAGUUGUGAAGGAGCUUGGAAACUGUGAGAUCUAUCCACAGAAGUUGAAACAUGACCCGAAAGGUCGUGUUGCUGUUGUGUGCGGAGAUGGAGAGUAUAUCAUCUACACUGCGCUGGCCUGGCGUAACAAGAGUUUUGGAAACGCCAUGGACGUUGUCUGGGCUCACAAUGGCGACUAUGCAACUCGUGAAGGCCCUUCAAAAGUUAAACUUUACAGGGAUUUCAAGGAGCGUCAGACUUUGUCCAUCUCGUACACCGUGGACGCAAUCUACGGAGGAGCUAUGCUCGGGUGUCGGUCAGGACAGGAUUUCAUCUUCUUCUAUGACUGGGAGAGUGGGUCACCUGUCAGAAGGAUCGAUGUCAACGUGAGGAAUGUCUUCUGGAGCGAGUCUUCACAGCUCUGUGCCAUCGCCUCCGAUACCUCUAUGUUCGUCUUGAAGCAUGACAAGGAUGCUGUAGUGCAGUACCUCGAACAGGGUGGAGAUGACGAGGAUGGUUGUGAAGGAGCGUUUGAGCCUGUUUAUGAAGUCCAGGAGAGGAUAUCCACUGGAAAAUGGCUUGGAGACUGCUUUGUCUACACCAAUGGAAACGAUCGGCUGAAUUAUUGUGUGGGCGGUGAAGUUCAAACUUUGCACCAUCUGGAUCGAAGGAUGUACCUGCUCGGGUACAUGGCCAAGGAAAAUCGUCUGUACCUGAUUGACAAAGAAUUUAAUAUCGUCUCGUUUGAGCUCUUGCUUUCAGUUCUCGAGUAUAAGACAUGUAUCGUCCGAAGGGACUUCGAGACAGCGGCAUCCAUCCUUCCUUCCAUCCCCAGCGAUCACAGAAACAAGGUCGCAAGGUUCUUGGAGGCACAGGGAUUGAAGGAAGAAGCGCUCCAGAUUGCCACCGAUCCAGAUUACAGAUUCGAACUUGCUGUUGGGUUGGGCAAACUCGAAGAGUGCUAUGCCAUCGUCAAGGAAUCUGAAUCCGACACGAAAUGGAAACAGCUUGGUGACCUCGUCCUGGCCGCCGGAAACUUUGAACUGGCGAUCGAGUGUCUCAGCCGUGCAAAGGACCACUCAGCUCAACUGCUGCUGUACUCAUGUCAAGGAGACUACGAUGGGAUGCGCCAGCUGGCGAAGGACUCCGCGGAUGCUGGCAGGACCAACAUUGCAUUCCUCUGCAACUUUCUACUUGGGGACAAGAUGGAGUGCUUGAAUCUGUUGUGCGCAACGGGGAGGAUACCGGAAGCUGCCUUCUUUGCCCGCACCUACCUCCCCAGUCAGGUUACCAAGAUGGUGGACCUGUGGAAGGAGGACCUUAAGGGGAUUAAUGAGAAAGCAGCCGAGUCGCUCUCCGACCCUGUCAGCUACCCGAACCUCUUCCCGGACUUCGACCUCGGGCUGAUUGCCGAGCAUAACUUCAACCAAGAGCGUCGACCAGCUGCCCCCCGAGGCCUUCCCCCAGCCAUCCAAGGCGAGCAACCAGGAUACUGUCGAGUCAUCAGCUAA